CGCGUCGCCAACAUGACUGUGAAUAAUCCACGAAAGCGUCGGAUUUCUCGUUUUCAGCUUGUUCCGUAGCCAGCGUUUGGGUGUUCCAAGCGUUUCUUCUGCCACGUCCUUUGCGAUUCCAUAACUGCUUUUGUUCUACCCGGUGGCACUUUUCCAGGUAUUUUAACCUGCGUCUCAGUGCCACUUGAUUACUUCUUAUUCAUGAGCACGUCUCUCCAGCUCCCGCCAAAGCACCCAGAAACAUACACCCGAGACAACGCCUGCAGCAAGAUUGCUGCACAUGAGCCGACAUCGAUCCUUCAGAGCAUCAAGGCGCACCUCGUCAAGAACAAAGCAUGACCCGAGAGAUCGACCCUGUCAUUCAUUCAUUCACCCACCUAAAACACUACCCACGGGAGGAUGAGGCUCUGCACUUCCUCAAGAGGAUCGCUUCCUUGGUGAAGCCGCUCAUGCGAGCCAGAGGAUGGACGGUGAAAUCGCUCUCUGAGUUCCAUCCUGACCAAGCCAACCUUCUCGGCCUGAAUGUCGGCAGGGGCGAGCAGAUUCUCCUCCGACUCCGGGAGCCGUUUGACAGCACCCAGUUCCUGCCCUUCGAGAAGAUGGUCGACACGAUGCUGCACGAGCUAGCCCACAUUGCCCAUGGCCCGCACGACCAUAAAUUCCAAGCCUUGUGGGACCAGCUCCGCGACGAGCUUGACGGCCUGAUGAUGAAGGGCUACACCGGCGAAAGCUUCCUUGGUAAGGGCCAUCGCCUGGGCGGUUGGAAUAUCCCGCCUCGCGAAGCCCGCCGCCUAGCUCGCGCACAGGCCGAGCGGAACAUAUCAGCCUCGGGAUCGCGAGGCCACCGACUCGGCGGCGCGGCACCACAACCGGGCCAGGACCUCCGUAACGCCAUCCUUGACUCCAUCAAGCGGCGGAACCGAACCACCGACCUCGGCUGCGCCAACAACAACUGGACUGAAGGCGAAAUCCAGGGUAUCUCGCAGACAUGGACGAGAAACGGCUUCCGCACCCAGGCCGAGGAGCAUGCGGCCAACGAAGCGGCCAUCGCACAGGCCCUGUGGGAGCUUGUGCAAGAGGAACAGCGCAGGGACGCCGAACGCCCACCACCGCUGCCUAUACCCACUGCCACGCGGCCACCUCUACCUUCCCCACGGCGGCCGCAGCCACCCGAGCCGAGAGAGUACUGGGCGUGCAACCUUUGCACGUUGCACAACCCGACCCACGCGGCUGCCUGCGACGCUUGCGGAAGCCCGCGGCCGGUGGACGCCGGGCUGUCUCGGAAUGGUGCCAGUACUAGGUAGGUGUUGCAACGGCUGUUUUGUUUGUUGACUGGGGUUUGUCUAAACAAUCAAUCGUGUAUAGUAGCCGCGAGGUGAUCAAUCUCACUGCGAGUCCGCCCAAGAAGAAGCCUAAGCCAGCUACUUCC